AUGGCCUCCACUUCUUCAUCGUCACUUCCAAUCCCUCCCUCCACACCUUCCCAUGAGCCAUCCAAUAAAAUCCAAAAAGCUUCCAUCUUUAAAAUCUCACCACCAUCCAGCCCAUCUCUUAAAACCCCAUCAAUUCGCUCUCGCUUAAGCAAACUUUGUCAAGAAAGGCAACUCCAUCUCGUAUGCCAACUGUUUGACACACUUGCUCGCCCAACAAUUGUCGUUUGUGACUCCAUCAUGAUUGGCUUCAUUUGGGACUGA